AUGCCUCAAAAUGCAUACCCCAACCCUCUAGUGUUCCCACCGCUAGGCGAUGAACAUACUCACACGUUUAUCUUACUCCAUGGAAAAGGCAGUAAUGCUAAACGCUUCGGCCAUGUCCUUCUUGCCGCUACGAACCUGCAAGCUCUACUUCCCACAGUGAAAUUCGUCUUUCCAACGGCGAGUAAGCGGCGGGCAACGAGGUUCAAAAAGAUGGCCAUCAAUCAGUGGUUUGACAACUACUCGAUUGAGGACCCGGGAGAGAGAAUAGACUUACAAGUUGAAGGUCUCUGUGAGACUGCCGAAUUUAUUCGUGGUUUGAUCGGUGAAGAGGUCCGAAUCUUGGGUGCGGACAGCCAUCAAAAGAUUAUACUCUGGGGACUAAGUCAAGGUUGUGCUGCGGGUAUAUUCACUCUACUAGGUGGCUGGCUCGACGCCCGCGAGAUAAGUAUGAUAGGAGCAUUUGUUGGGAUGAGUGGAUGGCUGCCCUUUGAGCAGCAGCUGCACGAGAUUCUCCAAUGCGGCGAGAUUCCUGCGUCAACUAGAGACAGCCAGGAAAAUCGAUUCAAUGAUAUCUUGGACUUGAACUCAGAGGGUGAAGAGGUGGCUAGGAAACAUUUCGAAGGUGACGAGGGGUCAGACGCAGAUGCAGAUGCCUUCUCGGAACCUGACUUUGAUGACGAUCAAUUUGAAAGAAGCAGCUUUUCGCACGAUGACUUUAAUCCCUUUUCUGACGAUGAGGACGAAGCCUCACUGCUUGUUCACGCUAUCGGCCAUAUUCGGGAUAUUCUUGAUCUUCCAAUGAUCUCAUCAGAGGAACCACAGCCGAAAUCAAGCUUCCAUCAUCUCCAGGUGCCUGUAUUUAUUGGCCACGGCUCCGAAGACCUAAAAGUUCGCGUUGAACUCGGAAGAAGGAUGUCUCAUGUCCUUUCAGCCGGUUUUGGGAUGGAUGUAACUUGGAAGGCAUAUGAGAAACUGGGACAUUGGUAUCGCGAAGACGAAAUAGAAGAUAUCUUAAGAUUUCUUCAGGAGAAGGCUGGCCUGUCAGUGAAACAAACACCAUCUCAAGACCAACGCGAGUAA